UGAGAGAAACCCAAGUAAAAGAUUUUAUUUCAUCUGAACAGAGUCAACAGAUACAACUCUACCAAGCAAGCACGUACACUUACAGCCAUGUCAGUGAUAGAACUGCUCUACGAGGCUAUCAUCAGAGUACAAAACUGGUGACCAAGCAAGCCUAGAUGUUACAAUGACACUGAAUACUAAUGCUGCACUUCUGUUCUUGGAUGGAGAUCAAUUCACGCAGCACUGAGUCAGAAAUGACAAAAACAUUAACAUGCACGUCUAUGAGUUGGAGAUGGUGGCAUUUGGUGGUUUCUUUGGAUGGGUGUGCGUCCACUCAGUCAACACUCUAGCUAAUUGAGCUGCAGCAUUCUCCAAUUACAAACACUCCACCUUUACUAAUGAGGUAAAAAACAUAGACGAGAAUAUUGGUCGUAAAACACACUGUUGACAUUUCGCUCGCUUUGACUAACGUUAGACUCUCUGCAAGGAACUCUCGGUUGCUUUUUUCAUGAUCACAUGAAAAUUUACACGAAACAAAUUGAUUCUUUGUGACUUCAGCUUGAGUUGGAUCUGCAAAUUUGACUGGCUUACAUGCUGAUACCCUUGUGUCAUAACAAUUCUAACACUGGUUGAUCAGUUGAGUUGAAAAAGCAUGAGUGCCAUCCAUCUUUUCAGUCAUUUUUCACACACGUCUCAUGAUACUAAAUCAAGAGUCUUUUGGUUGCAGCAUCAAAACUUGAUGUCGACUGCAAUUCUGAUGAGCGUUUUGACAAUUUUUGGCAUUUCAGCAACCAAACAAUUCAUUAAUCUUGAAAAUAUUUCAAUUUUGCAGAGUGAUCUGACUCUAAAUUUCCAAGUUCUCUCAACCUUCACUUCAAACAAGUCAAAUCCACAAUGUAGAAUCAAUGUCCACAAUGUAGAAUCAAUGCAGGGUCAUUUCUGUCAGUAUUCUUGUAAGAAUGGAGCAAUUUUUGCAGCAACUGGCUCAGACAAACCAUUCAACACAGUAAAUGCAACACUUUUUAAAGACAUCCCCUUUGCUAUUAUGAAAUUUCUCUGCACAUGAACAUGUUUACUGAUGGUUAUUCCCGGCAGAAGACGUAUUCAGUGUAACUUGUCCAUAUUUUGUCCUCGUUUGGAUCGUUGCUGGUGUAGGCGCAGGUGCCUGUGGAGCUACAGGCCACCAUGUGAAAUCCCGCCUCUGUCAGCUUGUCAAACGCCUGCUCUAGGAAAUUAUACUUGAGGUAAUAUCGGGACGUGUAUCUCUCUGGAGGCCUGUCCGGGUCUCUGCUCUCAUUCAGCGUUUCUCCAAACACUUCUUUGGCCAGGGACGUCUUCCCGCACACUGUGAUGCGCGCCACUCUCCUGAACUUGGCGUCAGUUUGGAUGUCUCUGCCGAUCGUGUACGAACCGCGGUAUCCUAUCGUGAUGUAGCCUGACUUUCUGGAGUCCAGAGAAGGGGAGCGCAUGGCCCCGCUGGAGCUGACCGUCAUCGUGCGUAAAGUCUCCAUGGUGCCGGAGGAGCCGCACUGCUGCGCGCUCUCUUCAGUGUCGCUCUGGCUGAUCUCCUCGCUGAUCGAAUUGUCCUUGCUCACUCGAGGGCUCAGGCGUUUGGCGAGGUCCCGCAGCUGGAAGAAGUCAGCCUCCCUCUGCAGACGACUUUUCUCCGGGAAAUAGUCCGGGAGCACCAGGUUCAAGUCCCGGAGGUAAUCGAGGAUGUAGCGGAACAAAAAGCCGUCUCUAUCCAAGAAGUAGCGCCCUUUGCUGUCUCUCGCCAACUCCUUGGGGGACUUCUUGCUGAACAUGGUCCACAGGAGAGAGUCUGGGACCGCGAUGAGAGUUUUGUGCCUCGUGACAUAAACCUGUCCGCCGACAUUCAGCUCGAUAAUCUCUGUGAAAGGAGAGCCCGAGUCUCCGCAGGUGGACCCUCCGAGCUCGGUGUCGGCCAGUGCCAUCUUCUCUGCGCCGCUGCACUGAUGUGGGAUCAGUGGGAACACUGAGCCAGGCUGUGGCAGCGGCUUGUUUAUGAAGCCUGGCCUCACCACGUGCGUGGGUGCGCGUGCACGAUGGGGGGGAUUGACUGCUAAAUUAUAAUUUAACUAUAACAUGACUGUGCUGCCAAAAAUAUUGGCAAGCGGUCCCCUGUGUGUGUGUGUGUGUGUGUGUGUGUGUGUGUGUGUGUGUGUGUGUGUGUGAGGGAGAGAGAGAGAGAGAGAGAGAGAGACCCUAUUAAAGCAAGAACUCAUAUUUGAUGAUGUGUCAUUUGUUUUCCCUGCCCUGUUUGGCAUGAAAUGCAGCCCUCUCUCUGAUGUUUGUUUAAUUCAUAAAAUAAAUGAUGUUUCAAAAGUCCCACAGGAACUCUCUAAACCAAGAACCACACUGAUGAACUGACUUACAACAGCCUUGAAGUCAAGAAAGUGCCGGAAAAUAUGGAAAGAGUGACACCCAUUGCAACUGGAAUGGAAAUGCAGCCAUGGCAAGCACGUACACACACACACACACACAAUCACACUCCCACACACACACUCAUAUAGAGCCUUAACUCUCAAACAGCCCUUUGAAGAAGUGAGGACUGUCAGAAAUGCUCCCUCUCUUGGUUUAAAUUUCAAAUUGGGACAUAGUCAGAUGUAGAACAGCAGAAACACUCUGACAGUGACAGAUUUUUUUUUAUUUUCACUAAAACAAAAUGACGUUUACUUCCUAAGGACUUUCUAAAAAUAAGUCUGAGCCAUUACUGCCUAAUCUCUGUAAACAGAAGACAUAAGAGUGCAUUUGUUAUGGCAAAUACAUUACAAGUUCACUUUAAGUUUAAUCAUAUCUCACCAAAACUCUAAUCUUAAUCCAGAAUUGUGAUGGUAAAGCCUGUCGGAGCUGCUUUCAGUCAACAAAUCAACCUUACUGACAAUAUCAGUGACUAGUCUAUACAUUUAUUUGAAAUAUAUCUUAGAAAGGUUGUAUUCAGUGAUGUUUAUGUAAUAGACUGAAAUUCAUAUCAACCCCUUUUUUCUGAUAGAGAUGCACUGAUCCAUUGUUUUCUGAUCCAAUCUGAUACCGAUACCGAUACCUGGGCUAAACAUAUCGGUCGAUAUCCGAUACCAAUCCAAUACUAUUGUUGAAUGAAUAAUCUUUAUACCUUGCCCUGUGAGUGAAGGCAUCAGGCUUGACAUUAGCCUUGUUGAAAAAAGGUAACAAAUUUACACAGAUAUGAAUUUACUUAAUAUUAUUUAUUAACAAAUAACAAAUUGCACAUUAGCACACAGCAAAAAGAAGUCUUCUUUGUAAACCUUUAGUGCAAAAUGAUAGACAGAUGUAGUGUGACAGAGUGAACAGAAUCGCUGUGUAUGAUAUUAAUUCAAAGAAAAAAAGACUGGAUCGGCAUCAUUCAUUGGAUAUCUGAUCCAGUUAAUUUGUCAAUAUCGGAGCCAAUAUCCGAUCCAAUAUCAGAUCGGUUAUUUUAUGAUAUAUAAAAGCAAAUAAGAAUGUGAGUGACAAGAUUAAUCCUUUUCAUAUUGUAAUUUUCCAUGUCUCAAGCUAGAUUAGGCAGGCAACUUGGGCUGCAGUAAUUUCAUGAUUUUCAUGCACCAUUCUCACCAAAGUUGUUUGUCUAUUCCAGCUGCAAGACUUCCCUUCACCACUGUCUACUGUCGCUGCUUCCUCGCACCAGUUACUUGUUAUCAUCAUACUUUCAGCUUCACCACCUCGGCAGCAAUCACCCGCAAGUGCCAGCUAGGGGCUUAAAGAUGAAAUCUAGUAAGUUCUCAGAUGUCUGCUUGGGAUAUCAAUCUGAGACAAGUGAUAAGGUCAGAGUCUAUACACCAAAUACAAAUGAUGUUCUGUUUCUGGGAUAAGAUAAAUGCGACGAUAUUUAUCCGACUGAAAUGAUCAAAUGUUGAAACAAAUCUAUAGAAUCAACAGUUUCUGAAGUUUACAAAGUUAAAACGCUCUUAAAUGUAUCUGUAAUUUAACAAAUUAGAAUUUCAAAUAAUAAUGAUGAAAAUAAAAAUUAUGUAAUGGAAAGAUGUCAAAUAAAAACCACUCAGAGGGCUGUUCCUCUUUGCAGAUUUAAUUAGGUCUGGAUGUAUUUUUGCCAGUUUGAGUGUGGUCUUAACAAACUCUAAGUAACCUCACAGCUGAGGUCAAAGUGAUCACUUUGUCAGUGUGAUUUUCUUUGCCUUUUGUCACAUGAUUAUCUGUGAGUGUUGUGACUCUGUGAAGAAAAAAACUUCCCCCUAAGGAGAGGCAAAAUUCCAAAGUUUGUUGUCUCAAAAUGUAAGUGAAAGAAAAAGUUUAUUCGAGCCACAAAGUCUUGUAACCCUCUUUUAAAAUCUUUAAACUGCUGAGUUUUCAAAAUAACUGACCCCAAGAUCCUGCAGCACAAAACCAGAAAAGAACCUGGAUUUUCCAGUGUCACUUAAAACCGUGGUCAAAGAAGCACAGAUGACACCCAGUCAAAGUGAAAGUUCCACUUCUCAUCACGAGUUUUUUUUUUCAAGUCACUUUGGAAAUUUGGUAUCACAGCCUGAGGGUUAAGUCAGAACAUAUAAGAGCCGAGAGCAGGGAGAGGUUUUAUCACUUGGAGACAUUAGUGAGCCUGCAGCAAUGCUACGCAAGGUAAUUGUUUUUUUUUUAUAUGAACAUAUAAUCCUGAUUUACAUUUUUUAAAGAUUUUACUAGAUAAGAAACCAUUUGAAGGUACUGUGGGACAAUAUUUUUGGAUUUCUAUAUGAUCACUUGCAGUAUAUUUUAACUUCUUUCUAUGUCUGUAAAGGUUUGCACUGAUUUGCUGUGUUUCACCUGUGCAGGGUAUUACAGAAAGCUUCGGAGCUGCCGUCCACUCUCUCAGCCCCUCACAGCUGACAGAUGUGGUGGUCAACAGGAGCAAAAGAAUGAUGCUGGACACUCUGGGGGUCGGGUUGUUGGGGACCAGGACAGCUGUAUUUAACAAGGCUCUCAAGUACAGCCAGGUACGAUUGCCUGUUCCAUAUGCACUAUUUCAUAACACCUGUAAAAAUAAAAAACAUAAGUAUCUGAACGUGCAAAAAGAACUAAUGUAGGAGUAAUGUGCAAUUUGUCAUGGUAGAGUUGAGUUUUAUGUUUUAUGUUUUUUUACAAAUAUACCAUUAUAACAAAUCAAUUUGAUAAAAUUAUUAAAGUUCCUGUGAGGAGUUUUUGGACUUUUAUGAAAUAGACUGAAACUCGUAUUGCUGCAUUUAUAUGAUAUACGAUAGCGAACAAGCCCAUCAGUGACAAGAGUGAUGACUUUAUAUUAUAGUUUUUGAUGCUUAAAAAUAAAAGGAGUAGGGCAGAUGAUAUUUCACAUGAAAUAUUUGCAACAAUAAUAAUAAACUUGGAAGUAGGAUGAGCUUUUUUGUCAGGUUCUGUCCACAUGGGGGUGCCAAAAUCAACACAAACAGAAAAGCUUCAAAGUCAUAAAGUAAUUAAAGCUCGACAAUGAUGAGUUUUUACCUGGUUAGAAAAUAUUCUAAACUUAUACCUGGUGUCUCUGUAUGAGCUGAAAAGGCAAGCUCAUCGUGAAGUCAACCAGGUAGGUAGAUAUCAUUUAAUGGUACACUGACACUUUUGUUCACUAAAGCUUUUGUUCACACAUUCCACUGCAAAGAUUCACAGGGAGUCACGCAAAUCACAUUCCUUACAGGAGCUUUAGAGAUGGCACCAUGAUGUUGCAUCACUGAAGUCCUAAAGGUUUUUGUUCCUAAUGAGAUGACACAUUCUCUGUAGUCCUAUGAAGUUAAGGUGGAAGUUCCUGUCGGCCUGUCACAACAUCAAAUCCUGGAUGUUUGUUUAUGAUAUUGUGCAAAGCUGGAAGUGAACUGAGGAAGUUCAAUCCUGACUCAAACCUCUUGCCUGUUUUUUGUAACUAGGGUCAUUCCUAUACAGUGACUCUCUCCUUUCAAGAACAUAUAGAAAUAUAUGUGUCUGUGUGUCAGUUUGUAAACAUCAUCAAAUCUUUCUUUGACAGCUAAGAAAAGAUUUACCCACAUCCUUAUAAGCUGGUGUAAUCCUUUCUUUUCUGUUGUUAUCUGUAUGUAAUUUCAUUUGUUAAUUAUUUUGAAUCCCACUGAGAUCCCUGAAGUACACCCUCAUUCAAUUAUACACUUCCACUCUAAUUUUUCUGAUUGCAGUCUUUCAUGUCAUAUGAGAGGAGCAGCGUGUGGGGCAAAUCGGAGCUCUCUCUCCCUCCUCAUUACGCUGCAUUUGUUAAUGGCAUCGCGGUAAGCUCAAUCAAAAUAAAUUAAUCCUAAUUUGUGGAGCAUUAACUUGAUAUGUGUCUGGAUAUUUGAACCACUGAUUAUUCUUCCCAUCAUGUUUUAUUGGUAACAGGUCCACUCCAUGGACUUUGAUGACACUUGGCACCCUGCGACUCAUCCAUCAGGCGCCGUGUUACCAGCGCUGCUCGCCCUCACGGAGACGCUGCCAUGCCGGCCCUCUGGUCUGGAUUUGCUGCUGGCCUUCAAUGUGGGCAUCGAGGUGCAGGGCAGGCUCAUGAGGUUCUCCACCGAGGCUUACAACAUCCCAGAAAGGUACUAAUACAGGUCCCAGACGAAGGUUUCUAUCUAAUUGUGCAACACUGACCUCUGGUGGCCAUACUUAUGAUUGGUGUAGAGGUUACUUUUGUGGUAGGCCAGUCCUGGUAAUAAAAAAUAUAUAUAUUGAACAAUCUCUCCAAGGCAAAUUGAAAAUCCAAUCACCUCACUCUUAAUGUCUCCCUUUUGUAGAAAAUAUUUCUAAUUGGUUGAAAGAUUCCUCCUCAUAGUCUUGCUUUGUGUUUAUGCGUUUCUCCUUGAAACAGCCGAAUUAAGCAAAACUCAUCUUCAUACCUCUCCUACUCCAAUGUAUUUCUUGUGAAAUAGAUUUUCUUUUGUUCUUCAGCUCCAUGAAAACAGCUUCUUUCUUCAUGCUCCUCUUUGUUCUGUGAAUAAAUCCCUGUGUUUCAUCUCUCCUCACUCAGAUUCCACCCUCCCAGUGUUGUGGGUGUUAUGGGCAGUGCUGCAGCCUCAGCUAAGCUCCUGGCUCUCUCCCCUGCUCAGUGCGCUCACGCUCUGGCCAUCGCAGCCUCCUCCGCUGGAGCUCCUCUGGCCAACGCUGCCACACAAACCAAACCUCUGCACAUUGGAAACGCUGCUCGGAGGGGCUUGGAGGCAGCUCAGCUUGCCCAGCUGGGACUGGAAGGUAACCCAGAAAUCCUGGAUAAGAACUGUGGGUUUGGGGUUUAUUACAAGGACUACAGUCCUUCAGCAAUGCCAGACUCUGGAUCUGGGGACUUUAAAUGGAUGCUUGAAGAUCAGAACGUGGCCAUCAAGCGUAUACCGGCUCACCUUGGAAUGCACUGGGUUGUAGAUGCUACAUUAGCAGCUCGUGCAAAGUUUGAAGAAGCAGGUGAGAACUUUGACUUGAGCAGAAUCAGAGGGGUCACACUACGAGUGCCUCCAUCCAAAUACAUCAACUGCCCCUUCCCAACCACAGAGCAUCAAGCCAGGCACUCAUUCCAGUUCAACUGCAGCUCUGCUCUGCUGGAUAACAAAGUCACAGUGUCUUCAUUCAGCGAAGCUCAGAUUAACAGACCAGCACUCAGAGGGCUCCUCUCCAAAGUAAAGGUAGAAACUCCUGAGGAUAACACACCCAACUUUGACAAGAUGUACUGUGAGGUUGAGAUAGAAACAGAUCAGGGGCAGACACACGCAGCCAGGUGUGAUACUUUCUAUGGCCACUGGAGGAAGCCACUGAGCCAGGAGGAUCUGGUGGAGAAGUUCUGCGUGAAUGCGUCUUCAGUUUUGUGCACAGAGGGCGUGGAGGGAGUGAUAGAUAUGAUAGGAAACAUGGAGAGAGUGAGAGACAGCUCACUCCUGAGUUCAUAUCUGAGAAUGAGCAGCAGUCAGCACCAGCAGAUUUACAGAAGGAGGAGACUGUGAUCGACAAAACUAUUGUGGUGUAAUGUUUUCAUAUCUGUGGAAUUCAUUAGAAAUCUGAUGUAAAUAUUUUAAAACUGAUUUUUAAUGGAAAAGAAUGUAAAAUAAAGAGAAAUUGCAAAGUAAUGAUUUUAUUUUUGAUACUUUUGUACAAGUUGCUGCUGAUUUUCUUACAUUUUAACACUGCUUUCUUGAUUAACUGUAUGACAACUUCAGUUGGACUGAGAAAAAAUUGAUUUUGUUGGCAAAGUGAAUCGAACCAUGUAGCGCACAACACUUCUACACAGAUGUACUGUAUUUUAAAGAGAAUCUGUAAGUGCUUUUAAUCAGAGAGUUAAUGAAUCAUUCUAUAAAUAUAUCAGCAUAACAGGCAGCUGCUAUUAAUCUCUAAAAAAAAUAACAGCCCAACUUUUUUUUCAAAAACUUUUAAACAUUGCUACAUUCAAGCCAUUUUCAGCACAUCCUUCACCAUUGAUCCAAUCCCAUCAAAGAUCUCGUGAAUUGGAGCGUUGCACAUGAAGGCGGAGGUGGUGACCAGCUUGUUCUUCUGGUCCACGUGGCUCUCACCGACGCUCUUACUCACAUGUUUGCAGCCCAGCUGGUUGAUGGCUUCUGCACAGCCAGUGGUGUCAGGGUACCUAAAAGAAAAGGAGGACACAAAGUAGUGAGCUGCUGCUGCUGCUGCUGCUUCAAAAAAGCUGUAUUUAAAUAGUGUUUUAAAAUCAAGCAAAAACAACGCAGCAAGACCAAAGUUAUCUUUUUUCCCCACAUUUCACCUUCUGCUUGGUUUCCAAAACACUGUGUCCAAAAUACCCACAAUGCAUCCCAAUCAACAGUUGGAGCAUGUAAAGUUUUGCAGCUCAUGUAGCCUAAAUAUUGCAUUUAUCUGAAUAUAAGACAACCCUGAUAAUAAAAUGUUCCAGCCCCCCUUUCAGGACACACUGUAGGAUUAGCCUUUUUUUUUUAGUAGUUACACUUUUGAAUAAAGUAUUUUGAGCUACUUAGAUUUUUUUUUUUAUCAUUAUUUUAUAAAAUUCAGUUUCUUAGGAUAAAAUUUUCACUGAAAGCUUAAUUGAGUAUCUCUGUGUGAAUUUUGUAGGAACUAUGCUGCUGCCCUCUUGGCCAGGUCUCCCUUGUUAAAGAGAUUUGUAAUCUCAAUGGGACAAACCUGGUUAAAAAAAAGGUAAAUAAAAAAAUAAAAAUUUGGUGUGGACAAA